GAACAAAAACCGUGUCGACCAAGUGCAGAGGCGUACGUACGUACGUACGUACGUACAGUCUCUUGUCUUUGGUGAAAUUGAGCUUAAUCACUUAAUAGAGUCCCGACAAAAAAUGCUUUGAAGGGUCGGAAGGAGCAUUUUCUGACCGGAUUCAAUAUGAAAAAUUAUGUGCCGGGGCAACUGUGGUAGCCCUCUUUGAAUGCUAAAUCAUGGUGGCAUUAUCAUCUAUGUGGACUAGUCUGAUCCCCGUUGGAUUUGUGUUCCAGUUUCUGAUCUGCUCCGCUCAUUUGAAAGAUGCCCAAGACAUUCGAACAAAGAGGAGCACCACAGAAUGUGCCAGGGAUGCCCUGUCGAAUUCGUCGAAAGAGUUUUUUGUGUUCCUCACCAUAAAUGCUGUGGAAAGUAAUAGCCUCUUUGGCGGUCACGACUCUCGGAAGAUUGAGCUCAAUUGGACUCCCAAAUCAGGUGGCGAAUCCACAGAUUGGAUUGGCCUUUUUCGCUCUGAUCCAGAAAUCAGGCUCCGAGAGCCUCUGGUUCGAGUGCCUGUCACGAGGCAUAAUGGGUACUAUAAAACGGGUUACAGGUUUCCACAACACCCAAUGUUGGGGCUCAAUUCGCCAAUGGGCACCUGUCUUUUCGGCUAUUGGAUUGGAUACAUCAGGGGGAAUGAAACUCUGAAAUCCAAUUGCCUUCGCAUGAGACCAAGUUGGAUGUGGGAUGAAAGGGAGGUGAUCAACGAUAUUCCAAUCCACGCCCUUAUGAUUCCGGGAUCACAUAAUUCUGGUUCCUACAAAAUUCUUGGAGAAGGGAGCACCUUUAACAUCCUUGAUCGCUACAGUAUUAACCAAGCUGAGGAUGUUUGGAACCAAUUGCUUUACGGUAUCCGAUACUUGGAUAUCCGGGUUGGCUAUUACCCUCACACGCCGGAAAAGUUUUGGAUUGUCCACAACUUUGUCCAAGUCAAUCCGCUUUAUGUGGUUCUCCAGGACGUGAGAAAAUUCCUCCAAUCCACUAAAGAGAUCCUGAUCGUGGACUUUCACCGCUUCCCAUCUGGCUUUCAGUACGAUCAUAUUAACACCAAAUAUUGGGCGAUUUUAUGGCUGGAGAUUGGUUGGGUCGCGACGUCACUCCGAGGAAUCUAUGGAAACUCAAACAAGACCCUGAUCCUGACUUACUCACAUGAUCCAAGUUCGGCCUACAACGACAAGAUCUGGUCCGAAGUCAGACAUGCAUGGGGAGACAAAAAGCGACCCGAAGCUCUUUACCGGUUCCUAAAUAGAUCAAUGACCCGGCACCAAACGGCCAAAUACCCAUGGGCUGCUAUGACGCAUCUCACCCCGUCGGCUUUGGAUGUGAUUAUGAAUCCAAAUGGUGGCAUAGCUCAGCUGAGCGAUGGCAUAGCCAGACAGAUCAAUCGGUGGUUCAGAGAGGAUUGGUGGAACUCUGCCAAUUUAGUCGCGACGGACUUCAUUUUGGGGAACAACAUCAUUGAAGAAUCAAUAUUGGCCAAUCGCAAGCGAUACAUAUGCCGUCAGCACUCCAGGAUGAAUGACAACCCAAAUUUUUACUGAUCAAAUACAAUCCUGGAUAAAUAAAACCCUGUAAACCGAA